AUGUCGUACGCUCUGUACGGGAUCUUCGGGGUAACGCUUGGUGCGAACUACGGCGAAGGACACGAAGGAGCGAGGCAGCGUCUUCUAGCUGCGACCCACUUCCAGGACAAUCUGGCUGCACAACAGGCUUCAGAAGAUCAUCGAAUGGCUUUCGCCGUCGAAUCAAUGCUACAGCAGACGUUCGACAAGCCGAAUAGAAGCACCUUAGGAGGAGACGAUCUCCAGGAAGGCGGACGGCAUCUGCAGGAGCUCAACAAACUCAAGGCAGUAAAGCCUAAAUAUGUACAAGAACUGCUCCACAAUCUUCCGGCGACAGUUAAUGCCACUUGUAAGCGCAUGCUCGAUGGGAUCGAGGGCCCGUUCUAUGCAUAA